AUGCCCUCCAGCAAGUCCUUAGUGCUGGCCCUGGCGCUGACGGCGCCGGCCGCCGCGCUCGUCCCGCCGACGACCCAGCGCGUCCCGGCUACCAUAAGGCACGCCGACGAUGCGGCGAGAGCCGCACGGCGUGAAGCGCUGAUGCAGGCGUCCGAGCGCGCCGCGGCCCGCAUCGAGGCCACGCGCAACAGCGGCGAGUCCACCCCCAUGCGGCCCGACGACAUGAUGGCCUUCGUGAAGCCGGCCACGGAAGCCCAAGCGCCCGACGAGAUGAGCUACGUGCCGACGGACGACGAGGGUCGAGCGAACUACGCCGUGGGAGGCGGCGAGUCCGGCAUGGACCGGUCGUCCAUGAAAGAACGGUUCUCGAGAGCACCGGAGGGCCACACGCCCCACUACAAUACGGGCGAGGGCUACUUCGCGGACCUCACCAGAGAUUCCAGUGAAAGGCACUGGACGAAGAACGACGGCAAGACGGCCGGCUACGACACGAUCAAGCGCCAGUUCGGCCAGCGCCCGGAUGAAGAUAUCGAGAUCGACAUGUCCGACACCUUCCUCGUGAACCAGCUCAAGGUGGGCGAGCGCUACGAGGUGAAGCCGGCCUGGGAGGUCUAUUAUGAAAAAGCAAUUGCGGAAGGAAGGGACACGCUCGAGGUGCCGAAGCAGCGGCCGGCUUCUACGCCGAAGCCCGCGGCGCCGUCGGGCUACGCGGCCGCAAGGGCGGCGGCGGCCGCCGCCGCGGGCCGCGCGCCGCCCGCGGCGCCGCCGGCGCCGGCGCCGGCCGCGCCCGCGCCGCCGCCCCCGGCGCCCGUCGCCGCGGCGCCGCCGCCGCCCGCGCCCGCGGCGCCCGCGGCACCGCCGCCCGCCGCGCCGGUCGAGCGCGACCCGACCGGCCGGCCCGUCGCCGCCGCGCCGGCGUCGGGCGCGGCCCUCGAGGGCGAGGACCAGCAGGUCGUCCAGGGCGCGCUCUCGGCGCUGAUGCAGUACGCCGGCUCGGUGCAGCUCGACAGCCCGCUGCCGCCCCAGGUGCAGGGCCAGGUCGCCGACCAGAUCAAGCGCGCGCGCGACGUCAUGGUCGCCGAGGCCACGGACGCGCCCGCGGCGGCCGCCGCGCCGCCGCCCGUCGCGGUCGCGGCGCCGCCGCCGACGCCCGCCGCGGCGCCCGCACCGCCGCCGCCCGCCGCGGCGCCCGCACCGCCCGCGGCCCCGGCGAAGACCGAGGUCCACCUCGGCAACCGCGGGUCGAGCCUCGAGCCCGCCCUCGCGACGCUCGACGCGGCCGGCGUCGCCGCGCGCGUCGCCGCGAUCGGUCCCGGCUUUUCGCAGUUCGCGGCGGCCAUCGAGGAGCUGGCCUGCGACGGCGCGUUCCUCGCGUCCCUCAGCCCCGCGGAGCUCGACGAGACCUUCGAGGACAUCGGCGUCACGGCGCGGCUGCAGCGGCGCCGCGUGGCCUUCGCGCUCGGGCUCGGGAAGUAGAGUCCCUCCCUUCCUAACUGUCAUUCACUCG